AUGACAGAGCGCAAUGGACGCAAGACCUUGACCACGGUGCAGGGUAUUCCUCCCAAGUUUGACCACAAGAAGAUCCUCAAGGUCAUCAAGAAGGAGUUCGCUUGCAAUGGAACCAUCAUCUCCGCGGCCGAGUCCAAGGGCAUGGGCGAGGUGAUCCAGCUCCAGGGCGAUCAGCGCAGCAAGAUUCGCGACUUCCUGAUUGACAAAGCUACCGGCCUUGGCCUUGACGAGAAGACCAUCAAAGUCCACGGUUUCUAG